AUGCAAAAGUCAGUGAUCCAGUAUUACACCAACACUGCAAUCAUGAAUACAUCGCAAUUCAAACGGAGAAAUAUGACUAAUUUCUUUGUGUUCUGUUUGAUCACAUUGACAUUUUCGUCAGUGUGUUUGGGGUCAAAGCAUAUUGUUUUGUUCUCGGACAAUGAAAACAAUUUGCUAGUGGAACAUGGAAAAAUAACCACAGAAAAUAGCCUCAAGCUUAACUUCCAUGAAGAUUGUAUUGAUAAAGAUCUGAGUGUUUGUGCACCAAAAACAAAAGGCAAUGAAAACUAUUUGAGUUACUUUUCACGAUCAGAGAAGCAAGAAUGUCAUAACUACGAGCAAGUAGCUCAAUCGACGAAUGAUGUCUUGCAAUUUUGUGUCGAUAUGGGGAAGAGUUCCUGGUAUGGUGGUGCCGAAACGAUUUAUCAACAUUGGCCUCUGAAUAAACUUAAUUGGACGAAUAAGGCAUAUGUGUCUAGAGAAGCAGACUGCCAAGCAGUCGUCGAAUCUUAUUUCUUCAAUUCUGACGGAUAUUCUAUCCAUAUCGACGAGUCGGUUGCUCUGUUUCUAGAUAUAAAUGGUCCACGACCCGGUGAAAUGUGUUUCAGUGCUAAAGUUGUUGCUCCAUAUAGAAAAGUUAGAAAUGUCAUGCAGUACCAAGUAUGCAAAUACAAAAACGCUCGAGUAGCACACGAAAGAGCUAUUAAAGAUUUCCUUGGUAUGCCUUCAGCAAUACCUGAUCCAUACGUUAUAAAGUAUCCAAUAUGGUCCACGUGGGCUAGGUAUAAAGCUGAUGUGGACACGAAGAUUAUUCGUAAGUUUGCAGGAGAAAUAGCCGACCAUGGGUUUCCCAAAGGUACACUUGAAAUCGAUGAUAAAUGGGAGACUUGCUACGGUAGUGCAGAAUUUAAUACGACAAGAUUCGAGAACAUAAAAGGACUAAUUAAUGACUUAAAAUCAAAUGGUUUCAAGACAUCCUUGUGGACACAUCCGUUCCUAAAUUUGGAAUGUCCUACUCACGAGAUGGCCAAAAACAACGGUUACUUGGUGAGAAGUACAUCGGGCACAGUUAAUACUAAGUGGUGGAAUGGAAAUGGCUCUUAUAUAGACUUCACAAAUCCUGAAGCAGCUGCAUGGUGGUCUAAUGGUCUACGCAAUUUACUUGCAACAUCUGGUAUUGAUACAUUAAAGUUUGAUGCAGGAGAAACCAGUUGGAGUCCGCAACUUCCAGUAUUUCACGAUAAUGAUCUGACUUACUACCCUGAUAACAUCGUAUACGCAUAUAUUAAAACUAUUGAAUCCUUCGGCGGUGGAAUCGAGUAUAGAUCAUCCAGAAAAUGUCAAAAAUUUGGCCGUCUUUUAAGAAUGAUGGAUCGUAAUUCUCGGUGGGACUUCGAACUUGGACUACCCACAUUGAUAACAUCACUGAUACAAUUGAAUAUGAUCGGAUAUCCGUUUGUGUUACCUGAUAUGAUCGGUGGAAACGGUUACGAUAGCUUACCGCCUUCCAAAGAGAUGUACAUCAGGUGGAUGCAAGCAAACGUAUUCAUGCCAGUCGUACAGUUUUCAUAUACACCUUGGGACUUCGAUCAACAGACGAUAGAUAUAUGCAGAAAUUUAUUGAAUCUCCGUGCUAAUCAUACAGACACCAUUAUCGAUCUAAUGAGAAGUAGCGUUAGCAAGGGUAGUCCACUGAAUCCUCCAGUCUGGUGGAUCGACCCAACCGACCAAAUCGCACAAAAAAUUGAUGACGAAUUCCUUUUGGGUGAAAAUAUCCUUGUGGCCCCGGUCAUUGUUGAAGGUGCUACAUCCCGAGACGUUUACUUGCCUUCUGGGGUUUGGAGAGACGAGAACCAUCCGAAUUCAAAACUCAUUAACGGCAGGAAGUGGUUGCGAAACUACCCUGCCAAGCUCGAUGUUCUUCCGUGGUUUACCAGAGUUAGAAGUGGCAAUCAUAACAUGUUCCGAUAA